AUGCAAGAAGAACGCGGAAGAUCGGCAUACAGGCCGAAUUGCAACGGACUUUCCAGUUAUUAUAGAGAGAGAUUCGGAAGUCAUUCUCCAGAAGUUUAUAUGAACCUUCGCAUUUCUGGAUUCGAUGAUAGAAUGGAACGUGACGAGAUCAAAAAGUUUUUGACUUCUGAAUUGAAGAAAUUCGCCCCUUUCGAGAUAAAAGUUGUGAAGAAUCCGGAUGAAGAUGAACGGUUAGCAUACGUUAAUUUUGAACGUAAUGACUGCGCACGUAAAGUGAGAUAUACCAUGAUGGAUCGAUUAAAAGCUGUUCUUGGUAAACAUGUGCAGUGUGAUCCCGCUGGUAUACUCAGAGAUCAAGAGGGAAAGUAUAUACCAGACCGAUUUAAUCGUGCUAUUCAUGAUGUUAAGAAAGACGUCGGUAGUAGUGGAGGGAAUAGGAAUCGCCCAACAAAAGAACCGUCAACAUGGCGACUCAAAAACGAUGAUGAUGAAGCUACAAGAACUCUUUUUGUCGGAAAUAUGCCCUCUGAUGUGAAAGAACGUGAAAUACGAAAGAUUUUUGAAGAUUAUGGAAAAGUUGAAGAAGUUGAUAUCAAGACACCUAUAAACACCGACGCUGCGUAUGCUUUCGUCAUGUUCCAGACGGUUGAUCAAGCAAUCAAUGCCAAAGCCGGUGAACAAGAACGAUCAUUGAGAAAUGGUGGUUCUCGAAUGAAAAUAGGUUAUGGGAAAAGUCAGGUGUCUAGGAGACUUUUUGUUGGAGGGCUUGGUGAUUGGUGUGAUAAAGAAAUGUUGCAAAAAUCUUUCGGCAAGUACGGAACUGUGGAGAGCAUCGAGUACAACAAUUACGAACCGUAUGCAUACGUUGUUUAUGAGAACACUAAGGAUUCUCAAAAAGCGUGUCAGGGUCUCAAGGGUGCUUCCAUUUCAAAAAACAAGGAUAACUUGAUCAUGGUUGAUUAUGCUAAAGAUUUGACCGCGCUGCCCGAGAAACAACAAUUCAUGCGAAAGCGUAGAGCUUCGAAGUCACCUGUCGGUGCAAAUGGACCUCGAACCCCACCAGGUUCACCGAAGGAUACCGUUCGUAAUUUUGAAGAGCUUGAUGCAACCUAUGCGGCGACCUGGAGCGGAAAAAUGGCUUUGAAGAAAACUGAUUAUCCUGUGAAAUUUUAUCGCGUUUAUGGAGCGGAAAGAUUAGUCGUCAAGCUGCUCCGAGAUGAAGAUGAUGCUCCCCUCAGAUUACUCAUCACGCAAAGACUGAGUCUUUCAUCACAGAAUCUGUUAUUCGAUAAAUUAUCCUUAUGCAAUUCCAAAGAUUUGAGUCUCGGAGUUAUCACAGGAAAAAAAGCACUCGAAGACCUUCAACCAUUAGUGAACUACUUCACAAAUAAAGAAGCUGCAGGUGUCGUAACAGUUCCCGGCGGUAUACUAUACAUCUUUCCAUUCUGCGAAUUCGCACUCAGAUUACUCAAAGAAUUCACCCCUCAAAUCAAUGUAUUCAAUGAAAAUUGCCCAUUCUUGCUGGGAGCUCUUGCCGUUCGUGCUGGAGAAACUCCGACAAAUUGA